AGGUCACGGGUGUGGCAAGGUCCUUUACUGACUUAUAUACUCUGGGUGGCAGGGGACUCUUCACACUUUGGUCAUCACUUCACUGAUCAACAUGGCAUUCAAGCUUUUCCUCUUCGCCGCCUUCGUGGCCGCCGCCCGUGCCGGAGUCAUCGGCGCCCCUGCCGUCCUCGCCCCUGCUGGCCCCGCCUACGCCGCCCAUGCCUACGCCGCCCCUGCCUACGCCGCCCCCGCCUACGCUUCUCCCUAUGUUGCUCACGCUCCCGUCGUCGCUAAGGUCGCCGCUCCCGUGGCUUACGCCGCCCACGGCCCCGUUGUCGCUGCCCCAGUGGUCGCUAAGGCCUACGCCGCCGCCCCCGCUGACGAGUACGAUCCCCAUCCCCAGUACAGCUACGCCUACGACAUCAAGGACGCUCUGACCGGAGACUCCAAGAGCCAGCACGAGAGCCGCGACGGAGACGUCGUCCAGGGAUCCUACAGCCUGGUCGAGCCUGACGGUUCCGUCCGUACCGUCGACUACACCGCCGACCCCGUCAACGGAUUCAACGCCGUCGUCCACAAGACCGCCGGAGUCGUCGCCGCCCCCGUCGUCGCCAAGGUUGCUGCCCCCGUGGCUUACGCCGCCCACGCUCCCGUCGUCGCCGCCCCCGUGGCUUACGCCGCCCACGCUCCCGUCGUCGCCAAGGCCGUCGCCCCUGCCUACUACGGUUAACUUUCCCCUCUUCUAUUGAGAAUGCCAUGAUCUGCAGACCAUCUUUGCAGAGUGUCUAGUCUCAUCUUCUAAAUUAUUGAAACGUUUAAAUAAAAAUAGCAAAACGUCAACAGAACAAA